AAGCAUACACACUUGUGAAAAUCAGAUAAAACAAAUUUCUUUGAAAAAUCUAAAACCCUAAAAUGCUAUUGUAACCCAACAAAGACAAAAAGAUAACAAAAUCACUCACUUUCUCAUACCUGUAACCGAGCUCGCGUUAAUGGCCACCAGAUUCUCCACCCCAGCCUCUGAAUUGGCCUCCUCUCACUCUUCCACCGCCUCCAUUUCCAUCGGUUUCUCCCCGUUGCUAUCUAAAAAUGCACGUUCUAAUGUCUCCUUCUCUAGCUCUCGCCGGCGAAGUUUUUGCAGUUUCAGACGCCAUCGGAGUGGGGUUCAGUGCUCGUUUAUUCCUAUGGACUCCGCCAAGAUUAAGGUCGUUGGCGUCGGCGGCGGUGGUAACAAUGCCGUUAAUCGCAUGAUUGGCAGCGGCUUAUCGGGAGUGGACUUCUAUGCCAUAAACACGGAUGCUCAAGCUCUACUGCAAUCUGCUGCUGAGAAUCCUAUUCAGAUUGGAGAGCUUUUGACUCGUGGACUUGGUACUGGCGGCAACCCACUUUUGGGGGAACAGGCUGCAGAAGAAUCAAAGGAAGCCAUUGCAAAUGCCCUCAAGGGAUCAGAUAUGGUAUUUAUAACAGCAGGGAUGGGUGGGGGUACAGGUUCUGGUGCUGCCCCUGUUGUUGCACAAAUAGCAAAGGAGUCAGGGUAUUUGACAGUUGGUGUUGUAACCUACCCUUUCAGCUUCGAAGGACGUAAAAGAUCUAUGCAGGCUCUCGAAGCAAUUGAAAAGCUCCAGAAAAAUGUGGAUACGCUUAUUGUAAUUCCAAAUGAUCGUCUCCUAGAUAUUGCUGAUGAACAGACUGCCCUUCAAGAUGCUUUCCUUCUAGCAGAUGAUGUGCUCCGUCAAGGUGUUCAAGGGAUAUCAGAUAUAAUCACGAUACCUGGUUUGGUAAAUGUGGAUUUUGCAGAUGUGAAGGCAGUCAUGAAGGACUCUGGUACUGCUAUGCUUGGAGUUGGUGUUUCCGCAAGCAAGAACCGAGCUGAAGAAGCAGCUGAACAAGCAACCUUGGCUCCACUGAUUGGCUCUUCUAUUCAAUCCGCUACUGGAGUUGUGUACAAUAUUACUGGAGGGAAAGAUAUAACAUUGCAGGAAGUGAAUAGGGUGUCACAGGUCGUUACGAGUUUAGCAGAUCCUUCUGCCAACAUUAUAUUUGGCGCAGUUGUGGAUGAGCGUUACAAUGGGGAGAUCCACGUCACCAUUAUUGCCACUGGUUUCACUCAGUCGUUUCAGAAGACUCUUCUGACAGACCCAAGGGGUGCAAAGCUAGCUGAUAAGCCCACUGGGAGCCCAGACGGCAUGAAAUCUCCAGUCACUAUCAAUCCACCAACCUCUCCUGCGACUAGUUCUAGGAUGCCUGCUCGGAGGCUCUUUUUUUAACCUUUUUGUGUUUGGUUCGUACCUUUCUUUUAUCAGUUCGUUUCUCUCUUCAUCAGGUAGGGCUUGAGGUGGCAUUUCCAUGUUAUAAUGAUUGAUUGUACCAUCUGUUGAAUUGCAAUUUCUCAAUGCUUCUUAGUCUAUUCCCUUAUAUCGUAGCUGAACUGAAAUUUCAUCCAUAGGUAGAUUGAACCGUAGCACUUAAAAUCUGUACAGUGAGAACAGGGCCACUGAUUCUUAUUUGAAGAGUACGUCAUUUUCCUUUGAUGGAUAA